CGCAGUUAUCGAGACAAUCCUUAUCGUUGCGUGGACCUACCUCUUGAGGACUAGCGUCUGGACCGUGCGGUGGCCAGUGGCCACUUGAUUGCCAUUGGAUCUCCUCAACUAUUCCCCACGCUUCCAGUUUAAUCCCCCCGGCCUCGAUUCUCUGGACUCUGGAGAUGCCGUGUGGGGCCUCCGUUCUCCAGAUACAUCGUUGCCGUGCAUCUCAUUCGCCUUCUCGAAUUGGCAUGUCGUGCCGAAUCCGUUAUCAAUGAUUACCACUGAUGGGAGAUGCAAGCUAACGGACUUAAGAGCUUGCACAUCGUCAAUUGUCCUGCAUCGCCUGUUCUUUCCUCCCAAGUCAAUUUGCUCGAAUUGAUCUGAUUAUACAACAUCAUGGCCUCUUUAUCCGUUCAGUUGACCGCCCCUAAUGGCCGUGUCUGGUCCCAGCCGACCGGAUUGUUCAUCAACAAUCAAUGGGUCAAGUCUUCGGACGGCGACAAGAUCGCGACCAUCAACCCGGCAACCGCCAAGGAAAUCACCUCAGUCUACGCUGCUUCCGCACAAGAUGUCGAUACCGCUGUGAAGGCCGCUCGCGCGGCCUUGAAUCACCCCAGCUGGCGCGAUCUCCCUGGAAGCGACCGCGGCAAGUUGAUGAACCGCCUUGCUCAACUCAUUGAAGAUAAUCGCGAGACCCUCGCGACUAUUGAGACUUGCGACAAUGGAAAGCCUUAUACCGUGUCGCGGGACGACGACUUGACCGAGACCGCAGAGACUAUCCGGUACUUUAGCGGCUACGCCGAUAAGAUCUUUGGACAAGUCAUUGGAACCACCCCUGACAAAUUUGCCUAUACUGUCCGGGAACCGGUUGGUGUAUGUGGUCAAAUCAUUCCAUGGAACUUCCCUCUUUCAAUGGCUGCCUGGAAGCUGGGCCCUGCCCUGGCAUGCGGUAACACUAUCGUUCUGAAGCCCGCGGAGCAGACCCCCCUCUCGAUACUAUUCCUCGCAAACCUGAUCGUGGAAGCUGGCUUCCCCCCGGGUGUUGUGAACAUUGUCAACGGCCACGGAGCCGUCGCCGGUGCCGCUCUUGCCUCCCACAUGGACGUUGACAAGAUUGCUUUCACCGGAAGCACCGCAACCGCCAAGCACAUCAUGAAGAUGGCCAGUGUCAACCUGAAGAAUAUCACUUUGGAGACCGGCGGUAAGAGCCCUCUGAUCGUCUUUGACGAUGCGGACCUCGACCAGGCAGUGGAGUGGGCACACAUUGGCAUCAUGUACAACCAGGGCCAGAUCUGUACUGCGACAUCUCGUAUUUUGGUCCAAGAUAAGAUCUACGAUAAAUUCUUGGCCGCGUUCAAAGCCCAAGUCAAGAAUGUCUCCAAGGUCGGCGAUCCCUUCGACGAGUCCACUUUCCAGGGUCCCCAGGUGACCCAGGCUCAAUACGACCGCAUCAUGUCCUACGUCGACGUAGGCAAGUCCGAGAAAGCGACCCUUGCCUACGGUGGUAAGCCCUUCAAGGGUGUUGGCGAUGGCAAGGGCUUUUUCGUUGAGCCCACCAUCUUCACCGACGUCUCCCCCAGUAUGCGAAUCUACCAGGAGGAAGUUUUCGGUCCAUUCGUUGUGGUUGCUCGCUUCAGCACUGAAGAACAGGCUAUUGAGAUGGCCAACGAUACUACGUACGGUCUUGGCAGUGCCGUCUUCACUACGAACUUGACUCGCGCUCACCGCGUUGCUAAGAAGAUUCAGGCCGGUAUGGUGUGGAUUAACUCUAGCAAUGAUAGUGAUUGGCGUAUUCCGUUUGGAGGUGUGAAGCAGAGUGGUAUUGGUCGCGAAUUAGGCGAGGCUGGCCUGGAUGCAUAUUCUAGUAUCAAGGCUAUUCAUGUUAACAUGAAGUCUAAGCUUUGAGCUAUCUCUGUGUAAAUAUCUUUAUCUUGUGUUUUAGGUCGAUCAAAAUGGAUACUUGUAUAUUUAUGGAAU